AUGGAUGCGCUCUCUCACGACAAUAUGGAGCGCUUCAAGAAUUUGUCCAAUGACUUUGAGCCUAAUUUGCAUGACCCUCUGGUGUCGACCAAGCAGCUGACGAACAGAAUCGCGCUAGACUAUGCUACUGAAGAUCCCACUCUUGCUACCAAGGCCAGUGUAAAGGCCGUUCCACCGCUUACAGCUACACAGACCCUGGUCGAGUCUGACUCUUUUACUAGGUCCUUGCUGUCACCCACCCAUGAACCGCAUCAUGAAGGGCGAUGGAAACUGCGGUUGGAGAGGUCGGUGGCCUUUGGAUAUUUUGAAACACUUUUUGCUCGCCGGGAUCCUACACACCUGCAGCGUGAGCUGGCCCGGAUCAAGUCUCUUAGUUUACUUCUGGAUCAAGUUGGUCAGCCGGAACACCUGUACGAGUGCUUUGUGGAAGCUACCGCGGAUAUAUUCGACCGAACAUUCGCAGCCAUCCAGAAUGGCGAGCAGGACGAGGCUUUCCUGGUCAAUGCCUUUAAUGAGGAGUACAACUCGAAUGCCGUGCUCGCAUAUUUUAGCGCAUGGAUGAAGCUCAAUCCUCACAGCUACCAUAGCUUCCUGUCUUUGCCGCUAGAGCAGUACUGUGUAACCCACAUCGAAACUGUCCAGACUAAAAUCGACGAAGUUGGACUGCAGGCCCUGGUGGAUGUAGUCAUCGAGGAAGCUGGAUUCGGAGUCGAGGUUUUUCACCUCGACCGAGGCGAUGGCGACGUAUUAACGCCGUUCCAUCUCUCACCGAGCCGUCCCAGCGGUGUAACUAUAAGUUUGCUGUGUCGAUCGGGCCACUAUGACCUUCUCUAUCCUGCUCAUCGGACCAUAAACAUUACCCCUGUGGUGAAUUACCAAUACGCGAUGUCAUUCAACUAUCCACCAUGGGACCAGAGUGUUCUCUCAUUAGACAUCAACUCGCACUUGAUGUUCAUUCCCAACUUAACGGCAGACGGGGUGUUUGGAGUUCGCUCUCCCAUGUCCCCUAUGGCUUCCGUCUCCCCCGCCGCAGCAAGUUCGUUCCGUGCCUCGCCCGCGCAGGGGACGUACCAGCCCCCCACGCAGAAGCAUCUACCCAUUCCAUCAAUUCCCAUUUCUCCAUCAAUGCCUGCCAGGCCGUCUGCCGCACCACCCCCGAUGACUGCACUACACGGUCGGUCAUCGGGCGGGUUGAAAAUCCGGUUGAAUCCGCUAGUUAUGAAGCCCAACUUGAGUCAUUCGCUGCCCUUGAGUACGUCUUUUAAUAACUCGCCGGACAACCGGGCUCAUUUCCAGAAUUCACACUUUGAGCCGAUUCAUUGGGAGCCGGGUAAUUCGGGAAGGUGA